AUGCCAUUCCUCUCAAAGCCUACCCUGGCCUGCCCGGCAAGCCCUGAAUCGCAUCAACCAUCAAAGCACAGGCAUGACAGGGACUCCAGGCCAAGGUACCACGUUGAUAUGGAUCAACAACACUCGCCGGCUCGCGUCCGCUCAUUCGCUCCCUCGCCUCGUUCCAAUCUCAUGCGGCAACAGCGUGAGCUUCCCUCGAUGGUUACAGCGGGUGACGUCCACCUGUGGCUCUUUGUCUCUCCGUUUCUGUGCGCCCUCGGCCUUCCUCUCGUGGACUCCAUUGGCGCCAUCGACUUUAUCGUCCUGUUCCGCUGGGCUACCUUGGCCAACACUGCGAAGUACUCCGUAUGGAGUGCAUAA